GCGUGUUGUCUGGUGGUACAUGUGAGUCGUCAUUCACAGCCGAUACAGAUACUGUACCUGUCAGCGUGUUGUCUGGUGGUACAUGUGAGUCGUCAUUCACAGCCGAUACAGAUACUGUACCUGUCAGCGUGUUGUCUGGUGGUACAUGUGAGUCGUCAUUCACAGCCGAUACAGAUACUGUACCUGUCAGCGUGUUGUCUGGUGGUACAUGUGAGUCGUCAUUCACAGCCGAUACAGAUACUGUACCUGUCAGCGUGUUGUCUGGUGGUACAUGUGAGUCGUCAUCCCUUCGCAUGGUGUCCCAUAUAAAACGGUUCCCUGACAUGUUUGAAGAAUACACAUCUCCCUCUGUCUUUUGGUCAGAGGACUCCUCCAGCUGUAGAAAAACAAUGUAGAGUUGACAGCACAGCGCUGAUCACAUCAAUGGCUGUUAGUGGAAUUCCAGGAGAGACAGGUGACAGUAUUUUGACCCAUGACCAGAAGAAAUGUGACCAACCUGAAGUGGGACUGGUGCCUGGCCACAUUCCGCCUCAGCCUUCUGCUCCUGAUAUGGACGGGGUUCCCACCACACUACUGAACAACAAAUCCACCAGGUUAUGCUGUAUUAGGAUACUGUUUCCCCGGCCUGGUGUCUCCAGACUGGUUGUCCUGUCUCUUUCCUCCUCCCUGGCUCUGCUGCUACUCUACAGCUCUAUGAUGGGUCCCCAGAGCCCCUCUGCGCUGCACCAGGUCUUCCUCCAUUUCAGACAUGUCCGCUCCUACCCCCUCCUCAGACGGCCUCGCUGCUGCCUCCACCCCCCCAACUCCAAACUCAACCCUGGAUCCAGUCACCCCAGACCCAACCCCUGGUCCCUUUACCCUGACUCCAACCACGACCUUGAAGCCAGCCCCAUCCUUCUGCUCCUAGCAAUCAAGUCCCACCCUGCCAACUCUGACCGCCGGGCUGCCAUACGAGCCACCUGGGGCGAGGAGAGGGAGUGGAGAGGCCAGGGGGUGAGGAGGGUGUUUCUACUGGGCCUGGGAAGAGACAGGGGGGAGGAGGGGGGAGACCCAGAGGUGGGGGAGGAGAGUGAGAGGUACGGGGACAUCCUUCAGUGGGGGUUCAGAGAAUCAUUUUACAAUGUGACUCUGAAAGAGGUUCUGUUCUGGAACUGGUUCCACCAGGAGUGUUCUACAACCGUUCUCUAUAUUCUAAAGGGGGACGAUGACGUUUACGUGGAUGUGGAGAGAGUGGUGGGGUUCCUACAGGACAGGGGGAGAGGAGAAGAGGGAGAGACGGAGAUAGGGGGAGAGAGAGGGUUGAAGACUGAGAUGAAGAGAGUGAUAGGACCAGGGGCAGGGAGAGAGCGAGGAACAGAGGGAGGGGCAGGGAGAGAGCGAGGAACAGAGGGAGGGGCAGGGAGAGAGCGAGGGACAGAGGGAAAGGCAGGGAGAGAGCGAGGGACAGAGGGACGGCGAGGAACAGAGGGAGGGGCAGGGAGAGAGCGAGGAACAGAGGGAGGGGCAGGGAGAGAGCGAGGAACAGAGGGAGGGGCAGGGAGAGAGCGAGGAACAGAGGGAGGGGCAGGGAGAGAGCGAGGAACAGAGGGAGGGGCAGGGAGAGAGCGAGGAACAGAGGGACGGCGAGGAACAGAGGGAGGGGCAGGGAGAGAGCGAGGAACAGAGGGAGGGGCAGGGAGAGAGCGAGGGACAGAGGGAGGGGCAGGGAGAGAGCGAGGGACAGAGGGAGGGGCAGGGAGGGAGCGAGGAACAGAGGGAGGGGCAGGGAGAGAGCGAGGGACAGAGGGAAAGGCAGGGUCUCCCCAGCCUCUCUACAUGGGACGUAUCUUUGUGGAAACCCACCCUGUGCGUAUAUGGUGGAAUAAGUACUUCGUCCCCUACUCCUUGUACACUGGCCCCUACCCUCCCUACGCUGGGGGCGGGGGCUACCUCCUCUCCAGAGAUGCCCUCUCUCUUCUCCUCCAUGCCUCCACCAGGGUACCUCUCUUCCCCAUCGAUGAUGCCUACGUCGGCAUGGUCGCACAGGCAGCUAACCUACCAGCCAGACACCAUCCUGGCUUCAUGCCUGUGGAGUACUCUCCCUCCCGCAACCCCUGUCACUACCUCAACAGUGACACCAAGGAACUCCCUCAUCUUUCUCCAUACAGUGACACCAAGGAACUCCCUCAUCUUUCUCCAUACAGUGCACAGUGACACCAAGGAACCCCCUCAUCUUUCUCCAUACAGUGACACCAAGGAACCCCCUCAUCUUUCUCCAUACAGUGACACCAAGGAACUCCCUCAUCUUUCUCCAUAUAGUGACACCAAGGAACCCCCUCAUCUUUCUCCAUACAGUGCACAGUGACACCAAGGAACCCCCUCAUCUUUCUCCAUACAGUGACACCAAGGAACCCCCUCAUCUUUCUCCAUACAGUGCACAGUGACACCAAGGAACCCCCUCAUCUUUCUCCACACAGUGACACCAAGGAACUCCCUCAUCUUUCUCCAUACAGUGCACAGUGACACCAAGGAACCCCCUCAUGAGAUUGGAGACUGUUGUGGAUGAUUCCUGCUGUACCGCCCUACACGGACGGGUCUCCAUGAACUGUGAGAUUGGAGACUGUUGUGGUUCACUUGUGACACUUUUGUUCCCCUGGUAUUGUUCAAAUCUGUAAAAGGUAAGCAAAUAAAAAAAUUAUUGAGCAGCGGCAGUAGUACCGCACCCCCCCCACCCACCACCAUAGCCUAUCAAGGAUUGCUAUGGGGCUCAAUCGAGCGAUGUAGGCUUGUACACACACACACUCUCUCGCUCAACUGGCUAGCCGGUAGUAGCUCAAUCUUGGGUGAAAUGAUCACGUUCCCACACUGGUUGACUGUAUGGAGGCUCAUUGAUUAAAAGUUAUGUUAGCCUACAUGUUACACUAGCAAAGUUAUAUAUAGCUGUCAGCACGACUUACCGUUCUUUGUGCAGCUUCAAAUGUCGAACAAAGUUGGAAGGUGUUGCUCCUCCGUCUGUCAUUUUCUUCCUGCAUGUUUUGAAAGUUGCAAUCUGUUUUUUGUUGCCUACAGCGUAGUCUUUAUAUCUGAAAAUAAUAAUUUUGGGGUGCCAUCUUUCCAAGGGCUCCGUCAGAAUUCACCCGUCGACUUUCCUCUGCACUGCCACGCGCAACUUUUCAAGUCAGGUUCAGUCAAAAGGCUCAAGUCCAAGUUAAGUCACGAGUCAUUGGUGUUAAAGUCAAAGUCGAGUUGCAAGUCAUCAUAUGUGUGACUCGGGUCUGACUCGAACCCAAGUCAUGUGACUCGAGUCCACACCUCUGGUUAUUAGAAUACAGAACCUCAUGGAUAUUAGGAAUAACACCGCAAGGAAUAAGUUCAAAGUCAUUUCUAUCAGCAUGUUAAAUCUGCAACCAGAGGGGAAAAACAUUCUAGAUAACCUGUACUCCACACGCAGAGAUGUGUACAAAGCUCUCCCUCGCCCUCCAUUUGGCAAAUCUAACCAUAACUCUAUCCUCCUGAGUCCUACUUACAAGCAGAAAUGAAAGCAGGAAGCACCAGUGACUCGGCCUAUAAAAAAGUGGUCAGAUGAAGCAGAUGCUAAACUACAGGACUGUUUUGCUAUCACAGACUGGAACAUGUUCCGGGAUUCUUCCGAUGGCAUUGAGCAGUACACCACAUCAGUCACUGGCUUUAUCAAUAAGUGCAUCGAGGACGUCGUCCCCACAGUGACUGUACGUACAUACCCCAACCAGAAGCCAUGGAUUACAGGCAACAUUUGCACUGAGCUAAAGGUUAGAGCUGCCGCCUUCAAGGAGCGGGAUUCUAACCCGGAAGCUUAUAAGAAAUCUCGCUAUGCCCUGACGAACCAUCAAACAGGCAACGCGUCAAUACAGGACUAAGAUCAAAUCGUACUACACCGGCUCCAAUGCUUGUCGGAUGUGAAAGGGCUUACAAACUAUUACAGACUACAAAGGGAAGCACAGCCGAGAGCUGCCCAGUGACACGAGCCUACCAGACGAGCUAAAUAACUACUAUGCUCGCUUCGAGGCAAGUAAAACUGAAACAUGCAUGAGAGCAUCAGCUGUUCCGGAAGACUGUAAGACCUUUAAACAGGUCAACAUUCACAAGGCCGCAGGGCCAGACGGAUUACCAGGACUUCUACUCCGAGCAUGCGCUGAACAACUGGCAAGUGUCUUCACUGACAGUUUCCACCUCUCCCUGUCUGAGUCUUUAAUACCAACAUGUUUCAAGCAGACCACCAUAGUCCCUGUGCCCAAGAACACUUUUAGGAGUGGCCAGAGAGUCCAUCAACAGAAAGUGGCUGAUUUACCUGAACCCUGGUAAUAGAUACUGGACUGUGUGGCUGAGAGAUGGAGAGUACAGGGCUCUCGCUGUCCCCUCUGUCCCCCUCUUUCUCAGUCAGAAGCCCCAGAAGGUGGGGGUGUUUGUGGAUUAUGAGGAGGGUCUCCUUCUAUGAUGUGGAGACCAGGUCUCUGAUCUACUCCUUCACCGGUCAGACCUUCACUGAGAAACUCUGUCCAUACUUCAAUCCAGGCCAUAAUGAUGGUGGUAAAAACUCAGCCCCAUUAAUCAUCACACCUGUCAAUCAAACAGGAUGAGUUUUAUGGUCCGUUGGGAUAGAAACUCAUCAGUAAUAUAAUAAUAAUAAAUGAUAAUAUAAUAACUUGUUAGCUUCCAGUUAGUGAGUCAUAAAUAGGAUGAUUGUGCAUUUGAGUGCUUUAGAAGUCGAAACAACUCUUCAACCAAUGAGAGUUCAGCUAGAUUUUAGCCAGCUAAGCUAGCUAACGUUGGAAAUAAUACGUUAGUUUGUUAGCUUGUGUUGAUAAUGUGUCAAACUGCUUCAUUAAUUCAUCACAUUGUUAAGGUUGUGUACAUGGCUGUGUUUUACCAUCUUUUGAUCGGAAAGGUGAAAGGUCAGCGAUGGAAUGUCACAACGGGUAAACUCUGGAAUCAUCCUCCUGGUCUGUAGUCACUUGGAAUACAGACUAGGGAGGGCCGUUAGAUCUAGUUGUUAUUUAUGACUCGGGAACUCUGACCUCACAGUUUCCGAUAGUAUCCAUCCCAACACACCAAUAACGACUGCUAAUUAAUGACACAGGCCCAAAAAGUAUUUUUCAGAUUCUAUUUUGUAGUUCCUAAUAAAUCAAAUCAAAUAUUAUUUGGCACAUGCUCUGAAUACAACAGGUGUAGACCUUACCGUGAAAUGCUUACUUACAAGCCCUUAACAGUCCAGUUUUAAGAAAAUAUUGACAAAAGAAAUAUUUUAGACGUUUUAUAGUCUAUUCUAAAUCUGAAGGAGAGAUUCACUGCUGUGGUCUGAUGAUGAGAGAGAUGAAAUACUUCGCUCAGACAGUAUCUGCACAUGUGCACAGGUUAGCUUUAACAAGAGAAAAGUUGAGCCUCUCGCUUCAACUCUCUUAGUUGUUGUGGAAAUGGACACACCAUACUGUUUACUUUCUACAACUACGUCAUAUCGUGAGUCAAGUAAAAAAUAUAAAAAAGACCUUGUUGAAAUGGAAACUGCACUUCCUGGUCUCGUUCUAGAUUUGGUUCAUUAAGAAAUGCUACUGGCCAUGACUGAAUUCAAAUGAGAGUUGGUUUUGCAGUGUGGUUUGAUGUGGGUUUCUCGUGUGUUUGUUCAGGUGGGAAGAGUUAGUCAAAUGAUUUCACCAAUUAGCUUCUGCCGGCUGGUGUGCAAAGUUGGUUUGACAUUAGAUAGCCUAUAUCUGGAACUAGUUAGGGACUGUCAAUAAAUUGCACAAUGUAAAUGAGACAAUAUUUUCAUGUUGUACACCUUUUAGUUUUUGUCAUUAAAUGCUUUCAAUAUUUGUAUAUGAAUUUCUACAAUGCAUAGUUGGAUUGAGGUUAAGUCAUUGAAACAUAUUGUCCCAUGUACAUUGUGUUAUUUACCGAUGGUCCCGACCUAGUCCCAUAUGGAUAUCCAAAGUCAAUGCAAAUUUACCACUCCGAAUUGAUGAUUACUUGUGUGCUACCAGCUGUGGGCAGCAUUUGAAACAAACCCAACAUUCAUUUACGUUGUGUUGUGAAUAAGCCUGGUCAAUAUGACUUGAGGACUCCUCCAGCCUCCCAACAGGACUCUGGUAACACUGAAAACAAGGAAGAAGCAGAAGGAGGACAGGAAGAGGCCCCAACCACAGCUAGAGAGCAGCACAACACAGUCAAAGGGAGGAAGUGGUCCCGUGUGGCUCAGUUGGUAGAGCAUGGCGCUUGCAACGCCAGGGUUGUGGGUUCAAUUCCCACGGGGGGACCAGGAUGAAUAUGUAUGAACUUUCCAAUUUGUAAGUCGCUCUGGAUAAGAGCGUCUGCUAAAUGACUUAAAUGUAAGUGAAGGUUGCAGGUAGAAUGUGUGCACGUAUUCCUCUGCCGGAGGUUCACCUUAUAUAGCGACACCCCCAUCGCGCUCAAGCCCUGGGUUGGAUCUGUCUGAUGGCAGGUGGGCCAUGAAGCCAAUGAUUGUCAUCACGUACAAAGGAAACAAUGUGUUACCUAACGAUGUGUAAACAUCACAUGCAAAGGAGACAAUGUGUUACCUAACAUUGUGUAAACAUCACAUGCAAAGGAGACAAUGUCACUUGUAAUGACGAGGAUGUGUUGUGUGGCUGUAGUUAAGGUAACCGUGGGCAGAAAACAUUUAUAAAUAGCAAUGUAAAAGAAGAGAUUGAUGCAUUAGAAGCUUGAAGAUUUUGUCGCAAGGUAAGAACAGAACUUAAUUACUAUUGUUAGAAGCUACUGCAUAUUGUUUUUCAAAAUCUAUCAAAUCCAUCAGUUGUGAGGCUGUGGAACAAAAAGAGAAGUGUUACUGGUUUUCAUGAACUAGUUAAUUCCUCUGUUGAAUAAAGUGCUGAGAAGUAAAGUAACAAUAAAACAACUACAGACUCAGGGAAUUCACCUUAGUUGGCCCGCGGCCAGACCCUAUUGUGGGCUUGAGCAGGAAGCAACAGGGGAGCUACCGGGUAACUGCAAACAGAACACUAAAUGUCACUAGGAGUCUAGCCUGGAAGGUUUUCGUCCUCCACCCAGACGAAGUGCUAAACCCCUGUUUUCAGUUAAGAAUGAACUCAGCUGAAAUCCUAUACCCGGGCCUUAGCCAGUAUACCAGGUCCCAGACUACCCAUAGUCAGUAGCGUUAGGUUCUAAUUCUCAGAGUAUAAAACUAUACGGACACUAUGAAAGAUUAAACCAAGUUUAAUUCUUCCCAGAGGAUCAAUACAGCUGCAUUAGACAAUGACAUAUUCACACAAGCACUGAUAUUUAAAGAUGAUGAGUCUCCUCCUACACAUCUGAACAGCCAAUGCAUCUCUGUUGCUAGGCAGAACCUUGGUGAUAUCUGUUCUUCCUCACUUCCUCUGACCUGACCUCAGGCCCCAAAGUGCUCACUCCUCCCCAACUCAAGACUGUCAUGGUGACUGGUACCAGACUGUGUCUCUUCUCCUCCCAGAGGAUCCCCGAUGGCUAACAACAACAUAUCCUGACAUAAUGUAAACAUUAUACAUUACCCUCUCUUCCUCAGUGACAUGAAUAAGUAUAUUUCAUGUUCUCAGAACCCAACAGUAGGAAGGAGUGAGCUAACCUCUGUGGCAAGCAGGGAUAGGCCAAGAAGAGUGAUGAUUGGAUGAAUUGGUUGAUAAAUUGGGAGCUCAGGGCUCCACUGAUAAAAACAGCUUAGGGUAGGAAGACAGGGAGGCCCCUUCACCUGGAAAGAGGCUCCUACCGCGGGAUAAUCCAGGCCUACAACGCGUGGUGGGAGUUGACCCAGCCUGUGAGGUCGAGAGAAGAUCCACAGGCAAAGACUGCCCACGGGGUGAGUGAAAUGAGUAGGUCCGUCUGGGAGGCGGGCCGCACUCGUCACCUCGACAGUUGUGAUGCAGUCACCACCACAAGUCUCACAAAACGCUGUUUUGGACGAGACUGACUUCAUGACCAAAAUAAUCCCAUUUACACUUUGUAUUGAACUCAAAUGUUUCUGAUUCAUAUCGGAUGCCACAUAGGCUUUUUCAAAAUGAGAAGUUGGUUUGAAGGAGCAGUUGCUCUUUAAAAUACUGUACCAACCUUGCAAUGCUUGAGCACAAUUAUUAUAAUUAUUUUGAUAAAUGUGAAAAGUGGCAUCUAUUAAACAUUUAAUUAAAUUAGUAUGGCCAUAGCAUAUUUUGAUGUUUAAUUUUGAUAUUAUUUCCAUAUACAUUUACUGAUCACUGAUUACCUACCGUGAAUAUAAUGGUUUGAUUUCUAAAAGGGUCUUAUUUCAUUUGAAAUGAGGAAAUUUUCAUCCUGUAUCUUUGAUGUUAAAACUAAUGUCUGUUAAAUUAAUGAAGAUAUUUUCAAUAUAAAAUGUAAACUGAUCACUAAUCAACUGCUAUGAAUACAAUGUUUUAAUGUCGUACAUAUCCAUUUUGUUUAUGGAAGGUUUGUCUUACUGUAUAAUAGCUGUGUGUGAGAAUCUGGUUUUACCUGUAUAGGAUUAACAGUCAAUUUGUUAACACAUUUUAUUUGAUAAUUUUCUUACAUUUUUCUUGUUUUUGGAGAGUGUAUGAUUGUAUAAGAUGUGAUUAGACAAUCCUGAUAAUUGAUUGAGAUGUCAAUGUCAGCCUUAGGCCCAAGCAUUGUUUAGAAGUGAGUUUAGGAGGUAUAAUAACUCAUUUCUAAUGUUUCAUCAGACCUGCUGUGUCCAUUGAGGCCUACUUUAGCCACCACUAACAAUCAGUAGAAGUGAAUGGGGCUUGUGUGCAUGUUCUCUUUUUUAAGUGGCAAAAUAAAUCUGUAACUAGGACUGUUAGGCAAAUGUUUUCACCAAUUAGAUAGUCCGAGCCUGAAGAAAACCAAUUAGAUAACAACCAAUAGAAGUGAAUGUGGCACGUGACAUCAAACCAAUUUCACUUCUAUUGGUUGUUAGCUAGCAUAGGUUUGUAGUGGCUGUUUGGAGAAAAGCCAACCAUGGAUUAGUUGUAAAAGGCCUCAAAUCGGUACUUAAUUGAAUGAGUUUGACACCCCUGCAUUAUAGACUGAGCAGUAUCUCCCUAUAGCUCCCUGUAUUUAAUGCAUUUUUCUGUGAAAUAUUGGUAAACACUACACGUCCGGGCUCCCGAGUGGCGCAGCGGUCUAAGGCACUGCAUCUCAGUGCUAGAGGAGUCACUACAGACCCUGGAUCGAUCCCGGGCUGUUUCACAACCGGCCGUGAUCGGGAGUCCCAUAGGGCGGAGCACAAUUGGCCCAGUGUCAAGGUUUGGCCGAGGUAGGCCGUCAUUGUAAAAUAAGAAUUUGUUCUUAACUGACUUGCCUUGUUAAAUAAAAGGUUCAAUGAAACGAAAUCAGACAUAACUGGUUUACAUACAUCAGUAACAUGCAUUUGUGACUAUGAACAAAUCACACUGCAACGGCUCCUCGCAACAGCCUUUAAUAUUUCAUCUAGAUGAUUUAUUUUAUUGUCAAACAGUGAUCCUUACUUACAGAUACAGUAAAACCUUUCAGUAGCCAAUUACAUUGAGGUUCCCACCAUCUACUGUGAACAUAUAUAUCAUUUUACAAACUAUUCAACUCAUCAAGGUGCCAAUCUCUUGUCACUUUUUUUUGUGAAGGAUUUUAUUCCGAUACAAAUUGCACUUUUUAAAUAUGAGUACAAACUGACAUUUGAGUUUGUUGCGCCCCAUUCCUGAGCUAUAGUAUAUAUACAGUGUACAAAACAUUAAGAACACCUUCCUAAUAUUGACUUGCGUUGCAGUUCUCGACACAUCUAAACCGGUGCACCUGGCACCUACUACCAUACCCUGUUCAAAGGCACUUAAAUAUGUUGUCUUGCCCAUUCACCCUCUGAAUGGCACACACAUACACUAUCCAUGUCUUUAAUUGUCCCAAGGCUUAAAAACAUCCCUCUUUAACCUGUCUCCUCCCCUUCAUCUACACUGGUUGAAGUGGACUUAACAGGUGACAUCAAUAAGGGAUCAUAGCUUUCCCCUGGAUUCACCUGGUCAGUCUAUGUCAUGGAAAGAGCAGGUGUUCCUAAUGUUUUGUCCACUCAGUGUAUAGUUUCAUGCAUAGAGAACAGGGUGACAUUAGAAACCACACCUUUAGUUACAUUCAUUACCGUUUGUUCUGUUGGCUCACGUUUAAUCUGAUCGAAUACUUGCAAAGCCAAUUACAUUCAUUUAACUUAACCUUUAUAAAAGUUGAGCUUGUAAAAAUAAAUCACAAAAAGAAAA